UAUGACCACAGCAUAAAAGAUAGCCGAAAUUGAGACAGAAAUGAUGAGGACUUAAAAAAAUAAAGCCACAUCAUAUCAUCUAGGUUUAUUGAAGGCUAAACUUGCUAAAUUGAAGAGAGAAAUGAUUGAUUCAUCUUCUAAAAAGGGAGGUGGAACUUAAGAAGGAUUUGAAGUUUCUAAGAGUGGAGAUUCUCGAAUAGGUAUGAUAGGAUUCCCAUCUGUGGGUAAAAGUACACUACUUACAAAACUUACAGGAGUAUUUUCCAAAAUUGCAGCUUAUGAAUUUACCACACUUACGUGCAUACCUGGAGUAAAAACAUUAUUAAUAAGUUAAUAGGUCUUACAACACAAAGGUGCAAAAAUACAACUGCUUGAUCUACCAGGAAUUAUUGAAGGUGCAAAAGAUGGAAAAGGUCGUGGUAAAUAGGUUAUAGCAGUGGCUCGUACUUGUAAUUUAAUUUUGAUUGUGUUGGAUGCCACAAGGCCAAUGGUUCAUAAAAAAAUAAUUGAGAGAGAACUUGAAGGAUUUGGAAUAAGAUUAAAUAAAUAACCACCAUAAAUAGAAUUCAAGAAAAGAGAUAAAGGUGGUAUAACAAUAUCUAGAACACAUGAUGCUCCAAGAUUAGAUGAUGAAACAAUAAAAGUAGAUAUUUAUAUAUAUAUAAUAGGCUAUAUUACGUGAAUAUAAGAUUAAUAAUUGUGAUAUCAAUCUUAAAUGUGAUGCUACUGAUGAAGAUUUAAUUGAUGUUAUAGAAGGUAAUAGAAAGUAUAUUCCUUGUCUUUAUGUAAUGAAUAAGAUUGAUGAUAUAACUUUGGAAGAAUUGAAUGUUUUAGAUAAGAUUCCACAUUAUGUACCAAUUUCUGCAUUUUUGGAAUGGAAUUUAGAUGAAUUGGUUGAAAGAAUAUGGGAUUAUUUGGAUCUUAUUCGUAUUUAUACGAAACCUAAAGGAUUAGAACCAGGUAGGAAUAUGAUUUAUAAAUAGAUUAUAAUGCACCUGUAAUAUUGUAAAGGAAGUUUUCAACAAUAACAGAUUUUUGUAAUAAGUUACACAAAAACAUGAUAAAGGACUUUAGAUAUGCAUUGGUUUGGGGAGCUAGUGUUAAAUAUAAUCCAUAGAAAGUAGGAAAGGAUCAUUAAUUAUUGGAUGAAGAUAUUGUUUAAAUUGUUAAAAAAAUUUGAAGUUAAUAAUAAAUUUAU